UGGUGCACUGGAGGAGAAGGAAUAUAGGAAGCUGGUCAAGGAGGUCACUGCAGCCGCCGUUGAUGAAUUUGUGAAACGUGAAGAGGAGAAACCCAAAAAAGCCAAAUCGAAAAUGAGCGAUGGCGAGAAGGGUAAGAAACCGCGUUCGAAGCCGGCACCGAAGGAGAAGAAGGCAAGGAAGAAAGCGGCCAAGUCGGGUUCUCCGAAACCUACAAAGAAACAGCGGUCUUCCUCCGUUGUUCCAUCGUCAGAUGAAGAUAUGGAAGAGGACGCUGCACCAUCUGGUAGCUCGCCAAAGGCAAAACGUCAAAGCAAGGCUAAAACGGAACAAAUAGUCUCUAACGGUGAAUCCGACGCUGAGGCGGCUGCAGAACCGCCCAAGAAGCGCCAUAAGGCGGCCAUUGAAGAGUUCAAUGCUUCGCCAGUCGCGAGUGUACCACCAUCUAAGGAAGUGACUCCCGAGGCGGAGGAAGGUGGCGAAACGAGCGUGAAGCUUGUCGACAGUGGCUACAAAAGCGAGUCUGAGAUGUCUGUUCUCAUCGACGAGCCACCAAAGCAAAGCCGCAAGAAGAAGGGCGAGGACUUGGAGGCGAAAUCUAAGGCAAAGAAGCAAACAAAGGAAAAGAAGGGCAAGCAGCCCGCAAAGGAACUAUCCAAAGAUGAAGAGACCAUCAAACGCAUGAAGUCGUUUGUUGUCGCGUGCGGCGUGCGGAAGGCCUGGUCGAAGGAGUUCAAGGACCUCGACACGCCGUCCGCGCAGAUCAAGCGACUGAAGGCCAUCCUCAGCGACCUCGGCAUGACCGGCCGUUUCAGCAUGGAGCAAGCUAAGACGAUCCGGGCGAAGCGGGAGUUGGCGAAGGAACUAGAGGACGUGCAGAAUUUUCAGAAAGCGGUGGUGUCAAGUUCCUCGGAGCGUGCACGAAAAAGAGGUCGCGCUCAACAGGAGGAUGCGGAUGAUUCGGACGAGGAGGGCGAUGUUCCGAGACGACCUCGGACUACCGCUCGACAGAGCAUCAUGGCCUUCUUGGGCGACCAAAGCGAGGAAGAUUGAUGCUGUGAUAUCUCCUUCCUGACCGUUUUCUGUCUUCGAUGACUCAACCCACUCCUCUGCUGUACGACGGUUCCUCAACAGAGCGAUGGUCAGGUUGCCGAUCAAUCAGUUGUUCGUACAAGCGCUGCCUUCCUGUGUGCCAGUGAUCGAUACCCCAUUUAUUCAUCGUAUGCAUAUCCGAUAAUGAUUUAUCCUCCCCUCCAAUGUACACGAUCAACAGUGAUCAAGCACCCUUAGGCAAUGCUAUAUCUUUCAAUCAAGCUGUUCCAGUUCUUCCGGUAAAGGUGCUCAGGAUAUGGCAUCCCGU